UGCAAAUUUGCAAACUUGAAUAUAUUAAAGGGGUGUGUUCAUGGAUAUGAUGACGUCACAGUGAAUGUGGUUCAUUUUUUCUUUUGUUGUUUUGAGAAAAGGAUUGUUGGACUAGCGGUAGCGAUACUACAGCAGACAAUGGCAUUCAAGAAAGCGCGCGAUCGGCAAAUAGAAGGAAUGACACAAGAUGACGAGGGAAGAUGGCACGACGAUCAUUUCUUCGUUUUUCUCGCCGACCCCCAGCCCGGGUUGAUUGAUAAAGUUAACGGAGGAAACGGAAGCACUUGGGACGUAGAGAUUAAACGAACGCACGACGCUGUUGAAGCUAUAAAUAAAAUGAGACCAAAACCUAAGUUUGUUUGCAUUGGUGGCGAUCUAAUUGAUGCUUUUCCAGGGGAGUCCUUAAGAGACCCUCAGGUCAGUGAUCUCAAGUCAGCGUUUGCCGAUCUUGACCAAACAAUACCCAUUGUUGUUGUGAGUGGUAACCAUGAUGUGGGCAACGUACCAACCAUGAAAACUAUGUCCAUGUAUAACAAUGAUUUUGGGGAGGAUUACUACAGCUUCUGGGUGGAGGGGGUGUUCUAUAUUGUUGUCAAUAGUCAGUAUAUGUAUAAUGAUUCAGAAACAAGAGAGCAAUCGUCCAAUCAAGAUUCAUGGCUUAGAGCACAACUUGAAAUAGCUCGAUUGAGUUCGUGCCAACACGUCGUCGUCUUCAUGCACAUCCCAUUGUUUCUACAAGAUCCCGAUGAAGAGGAUUCUUACUUUGCGAUCCCGGGAGCAAAGAGGAUGGACCUCCUCACCAGGUACUCAGAUGCCGGUAUUAAAAUCGUGUUCUCUGGACAUUAUCAUCGGAAUGCGGGAGGAUUCUGGAGGAAUGAACGAGGAGAUAAACAGGUUGAAGUUGUCGUGUCUUCGGCCAUCGGAGCACAGUUGGGAAACGACGUCGCAGGUUUACGGGUUGUCAAGGUAACCGCUGAUGACAUCACACACACAUAUUACCCACUCGAUGGUGUACCAGAGCGAUUGGAAUAGAUGCUACCCACCGCAGUGACACAGUAGAUCUUUAAUUAAGACAUAAUUGUCACAUUAGGAAUCCAAACUUUUUAAAUAUUGCUGUUCCGUUGCACUCCCUUCAAUAUUUCGCCCAAUUUCUUCAUUGUUUUCCGAACAAUUCACUUUUAUGAUGUCAUAAUACCUAAGAGCUUUUUGCAGAUGUUUUGAACACCAAACGAACCGAUGCUAUAACCUGUCGCUUACCUUGUAAUAUUUUCUGUAAACGAACUUUCAAUUUUUAUAUUAGGUAUCCACGUUUACCAAACUCUGUUUAUAACUCAAGUUAUCGCCUUUAACUGCCGAGUGAUUCAAAGCUUCUGCAUUAAUUCCACCAUAAAGAUCACAUUAAGAACAAUCGAUAUUAGAACUGUGAACAUUUUCCCCCACCUCACCCGCUUUGACCAAAUCUUCAAAAGUUUUUAACAUUUUUAUUGUUUGUGCAAUUUCUUUUAUGUGGUUCCUACCUACCAGUAACUGAACCAUUCAAUCUAACUCGUUAUUUUUCUUCAAAUAAUGAAUUGUUCUUCAAGUUGUAUUUUAAGUUGGUGGGACAAUGUUGUAUUUGUUGGGGGUGUGGGUGCUUUAUAAUAAUAAUGUUUAUCCUAGAAUUAACAUACGUUAGUUGUGCCUCAGUGUGAGGCAGUGCUUCUCAACCCCUGGGUCACCAUUUGAUUUGGUUGGGUCGUCUACUACAGUGGUUCACAACCUUUUAAAUGUAAUUUAAAAAAAGAAUUUUUUUUGUUUAAAAAAAGUUGAAAUGUAAUUUUAGAAAUUGGGUCACCAAAGCUUUGUUAUGAAUUUAUGUUAAAUGAAAGGUUUGCCCAAAAAAGGUUGAAAAGCACUGGUGUAGAAUUUAAAAAGUAACAUCACAUUUAAACCUGGUAUUUUAUGCACUUUGCCCCCACAUCAUUCUAAACCUUAUUCUUCAUAAAUUGACAACUGCCUCUGUUUCGUUCGUUUACAGCUUUUGUUGUAUUCGCUGUUUUCUUGCACUCUGUAACCUCAUUGAGCUUAUUGUGAUGUCAUAACCCACACCCCCAACACCCAUUGUAUGUUAAUGAAUUAGAAUUAUGAUAGAAUAUUUACUUGUUUCAUUAG